AUGACGUUGAGGGACGGAGCGGAAGGGGUGGAGCGCAAUGCGGUGCGUGCGGUGGAGCUGUUUGAGAUGGACAUCAAGGAACGGAAGCAGAGCAAGUCAAUGGUGUGUCUUGGAAACAUGAUGCGAGACGGGGCGGACGGGGUGGCCCGCGACACGGAUCGAGCGAUACAGUUGUACGAGAUGGCGGUCGAGAAAGACAACAACGCGGAGGCGGUAGCCCAACUUGCGGCGUUGCAGCGGGACAGAUCAGACGGCAGUACGCGGCCGCGAUUUCGGGUUAUUUUUUCAUUUUUGCUUUUUGCCUGUUUUUUCAUGCAGAAACUGAGAAACUUCAUGAUUCUUCAUGAAGAAAGGACUUUGGACAAUGAUGGAGAUGGGCUGCAGGGACCCUAGGAAAGCAUGGGGGAUCUCGAUUUCGAUGGUUGAUCGCGAUUAUCGUUGCAGUCGUCUGAGGAAGGCCGAAGUGGUGAUUUUUUCAUUUUGCAGCAUUAUCUGGCAGUUUUUGCGCGCAAAUGCGCGAAAAAACAUGAUUUAAUGAAAUCGCGCGUCCCGCGUACUACGUGGGACGAGGGUGAGCGAGAACAGAGGAAGGCGGGGGCGGGAUGGAAGGCGAGGGCAGCGAGGGCGGGAGAGGUACAGUACUACAUGGAUAGGCGGCGUAAUGUAACACAUUUUUGGUGUAAUUGUUUUGGUUGUAAUUAUUAUAUAUUAUAUAUGACAACAGUAACACGUGUAUUAUAGUGCAUUCGUCAUCGCCGCGAGGGCCUUCUCCUUCCGGAGAAGGAGAAGCCGGAGAGGAAGACAGGCAAAAGGGAGGACGACGGAGCGGGACGGCAGAGUUGUGGGCGAAUCUCCGAAACCUGUGGCCAACGGCGACUCGGUGUUAAUCGAAAACACUCAUCUGUACGCUAACGGUACUCCGUUUCCGGUACUCCGUUUCCAGUAAAGGCAGAGCAGCCGACUUUCCUUACCCGAAAGCACAGCACGGGUCG